GUAGGAACAGACAUUUUUGUCUUGAUCAAUUCUUUUUCUUUUCGGCUUUCUUAAUUUUUGGGUCUCGUAAGCGAGCUAAUCAUAAAUUGUGGAGCAAUAAUGAACGCACCUAGUUUUGGAAACUAGACCCAUAAAUUGAAACGCGUUUAAACGCGCCGACCCCGCGAUUUGGCGCUUGAAGUUAUCAUCAGAAAGGCAUUUUCAAUUAUCCCCUCAAUUAAACUCUCACACCUACAAGUCCCAAAGUGCUCUCUUUCUACAAAUUCUGAAUCUACAUGUGAGCCAACAAUGGAUAUCGACCAAUUUCUCAAUGACCCCUUUGAGGACGCAUUGCGACCAAAAAAAUUAAACACACCUGAAGCAGACUUGCAGUCCUUAACAAGAGCUUGGAUUAAUGAGCGCGGUGCUCCAGAGAUUCUACCGUUGGUUCUAUCCUAUCUUUCGACAAUUUCUAAGACUUCGAGCGUCUUAUAAGUUUCUUAAUUACAAUCCGACUGACAUCUGCUGAGGUUAUAGAUGGCCCCCAAAUAAUCUUGUCGAACGAGUUACAGAACGAAUCAAAAGACAAAUCGAGAAGGUAGAGGAAUUGACCGGAGAUAUGGAUCCGAAGACAAAUUUUGGCCUCAUUUGCAUACAGACGGAACUAGAGAGGUGGAAGUACCUCAUCAGGGGAUUAGUCAGAGCCAGAAUCGCAAAGGUUUGCUUAAAAGGCCAUAAGUCGGCGGCGCAUUUGCUUACUUGUAUAUUGCAGAUCGAUGCGCAUACAUUACACUACCUGAGCGAUGAAGGACUUCGAUCAAGGUUAUCGGAAACCGAAAUCGCGUAUGCCACGAGACAUCAACAAUUACUACACAGCCAUUACUUGUCGAGUUUCCUGGGAAGCUUUCCUGCUGCACUACAGAACUUGAACGAUCAGGCAGGAGGCAUUUCUAUGAUCAGUGGACCAGAUGAAGAUACUGCUGUAUUUGCAAGAGGUACGGGAAGUUAUGAAGAGUUCACUGGUGAUGGUGGUAGCAUAUCCGUUUUGGGAAGAGGAAGAGACGGGGACGACGUGAAAGAUGUUGGCAGAGGAGAGGUUGUAAUUGCGAGAUGGUCGGAUAUUAGAGAGCAUGUUGAGAAGGGAGAAAUGGAACUGGUCUGAAAGAUCCAUUUUGAGCAAGCACGCCGCACAAUUCGCGGCCCACCUCCGUCGCGGAUGGAGAACGA